AUGGUGCACAUAGGCGAUUGCGUGCGACACUCGACCUACAGGGACGCCCGAGGGGUGGCCCACUCGUACUUCUUCAGUUGGGAGCACGCGCCGACGAGGAACCUGGAGGUAGACUGGCUCGACGCCAGGAACAUAUGCAGGCGCCACUGCAUGGACGCCGUUUCGCUCGAGACGCCCCAGGAAAACGAGUUCAUCAAGGGAAGGAUCGCCCGAGGCAACGUGAGGUACAUCUGGACGUCGGGGCGCAAGUGUAACUUCAACGGCUGUGACCGACCUGACCUCCAGCCCCAGAACGUCAACGGUUGGUUCUGGUCCGGCUCGGGAGCCAAGAUCGGGCCGACGAAUCAGCGCAACACCGGCGACUGGAGCCACACCGGGGGCUACGGUACUCCCCAGCCUGACAACCGCGAAGCCGCACAGAUUGAUUAUUUAUUUUUUUAUGAUAUCGCGGUGGAUGACGUCGCAGGCGUGCGACACUCGACCUACAGGGACGCCCGAGGGGUGGCCCACUCGUACUUCUUCAGUUGGGAGCACGCGCCGACGAGGAACCUGGAGGUAGACUGGCUCGACGCCAGGAACAUAUGCAGGCGCCACUGCAUGGACGCCGUUUCGCUCGAGACGCCCCAGGAAAACGAGUUCAUCAAGGGAAGGAUCGCCCGAGUAUAG